AUAGCUAGUAGUAGGUUUGGAAGAUUAGCUUAUCAGGCUAAAACAGGAAAUAAUACGGAAGCUACUAGUGGUCUGCGUGCGAGACAUUCGGAUUUUUCGUUUCUACCUAAAGCACGCUCGGAAGAUAAGAGAUUUGUCAAUUAUAUCACGAAAGCAUACGCUGAUGAAGGACGAGUAUGUGACCGUAACGAUGUAAAGCCUCUUGAUGCGUGUCCUAGCAAGAAGCCGGUUGGUGUAACAGAUAAGAUGGCUUUUCUAAGUAUAGAAAAGAAAGAAAAAGGUGAAAAGUGUAGGCAUCAAGAUGGAUCCGAAGUGUGUGAUGAUAAAAGCCUCUUAGCUGCUCGAAAAGCCUGGAACGGUUAUUUGGAUUCGAGUAAUCAGAGGUUAAUGAGUUCAGCAAAUAUGAAUAAGGCCCAGGCAGGAUUGACUGAACGGAAUAAAGCUUAUUUUCGGAACCCUUCAGUUAGGGUAAAUUAUAUAACUGGACCUAGAGUAGAUUCUAGGAUAAGUGAUGGUGGUACAGUAACGGCUAAGAAGCCUAGGAGACAACAUGAUGCUACUAUUACUAAGAAGCCUGAACCUCAUGCUCUUUCGGAUGCUACGACUAGCCAUGGAAAUAGUAGCCAUCAGAACCUUAGUAGUGACAGUGAUAAUAAGGAUAUAGAAAGUGUCAGCAGUUCACUUAUAGGGACUAGUUUAUCAACUUCAUCGAAUGAGCCUCCUAGUGUUUCGACGCCAUCGGACCUCGUCACGAAGGUUAAGUUGAUUGAAGAUGCACAAGGUUGUGCAACUGUAACUGUUCCUAUUACGGUUGACUGUCAGUCGAGUGAUGAUGAGAAGAAAGUGUUUGAUGGUAACAGCCAGUCUACAGUGCUGUGUGAUGACGAUGCUAUUGUUGAGCAUAUGUCUUGUGCCGCUGAAACGGAUGCUAAUGCAGAACGGAAUCAUUUAGACGUUGAUAAUAAACUGGAUGUCACUGAUGUGACAAAUGAGUUACCGACGAUGAUGAAUACUGUUCAAACCUCCUCUGCAUCAGGAGAUGGAAGGAUAAAUAUUGAUCCUACGUCAUGCUACUUAAGGUCUUCUGGAGACGAUGAAAUGUCAAAAUUGGAAAUCCCACCCUUGCAUAUUAUUUAUGGGUCAAAAACUUCUGUUGAUAAGUUAGCAUCACGGACUUCAUGGUAUCUGCUGAUCGGAGCAAGUGGUGGUGGAUUGGCGACUCGUCCCCACGAUAGAGAAUGUAGUCCUUGGAUAGGAUAUGACCAGUUUUGCGACGCGUUGUUCAUGUUCGUAUGGGUUAAUUGGGUAAGGUUUAUACUACCGUUAGGUCAUUCCACGAUAGAUAGGGGAAUCAAGGGCCUGAUGGGAAAGUAUAGGUACCUAGUUAACACGAUAGGUCAUAUCCAUGUUGGAUGGCGGGUAGGCGUACUGCUGUAAGUCCUACACGUUAUUCCGGUGUGGAUUAGGGGAUAACAUGGGAACCCUAAAUAAAGUGUCAUUAACGCUUGCUCUUUUUGCAUGGAGGGAUUUUGCGGGCCGGUGUAGAAUUCUUUUUGAAUGUUUUGUUUUUUGGAAAAUCCCUCCAUGUUUACAUAUUUUUGCUAUGACAUGAUGGACUUUUUCUCUUGACAUUUUUGGUAUUUUAUUUGAUUCCAAUUUGAGAUUUUAUCAUUGUAUAUUGUUAUUCUUUCUAUAUUUUGUACUUAUAUUGAAGUUUUUGUGUUUGCUUCUGAACUGUACAUAUAUUGUUUAAAUUUGAUAUAAUAUGGCUACCGCCACAUUUUUGGACGGACGCGGUGGCUGCUGGACUUAGCUUCACUUAUCGGCUAUUGUGUUGGAUACUCUGCGGAGUAAUUUAACCCUGGAAGAAACACAAAUUCCAGACGUUUUCUCCUAGAAUUUUGCCCUUUUUGAUUUGGUCGGGACCCGGAACUAGGAGGAACGUACAGGAGUGUUUCUAUAGGAAACAAUUGGGACAGCCACUGUCGAAAUAAAUCUACA